UACUAACAUUAAAUCUAAAAUGAAUUUACUUUUGGGUUUAUUGUUUAUUUCAUGUAUUAAAUGCAUUACCAGUAUUGAUGUGAACACUACUUCGGGUGUAGUGAGAGGACAGACACUACAAGCCUUUAACAAAAGCUUUGACCAGUUUAUAGGUAUACCAUACGCCGAGCCCCCGGUUGGAAACCUGCGGUUCGCUGGACCAGAACCUAUUAAAACGCCCAUAAAACUAAUCGAUGCCACGAAAGCAAAGGACUCGUGUCCACAGCUUAUCAGUGUUAUGCCAAAUGGUACUGAAAUGAGCGAGGACUGUCUGUUUCUCAACAUAUGGACAAUUAGUUCGCAAAACCGUACAUCAGAUGCACUAAAACCGGUGAUGUUUUGGAUACACGGGGGUGCCUUUGUGUCAGGGUCCAGUUUCACGGCUUAUUUUGAUGGCAUGGUUUUGGCCUCACAUGAUGUGGUGGUUGUGACCAUUAACUAUAGAUUAGGAUAUUUCGGGUUCACGUAUGGAGGGGUGGAGUCGGCGCCCGGAAAUGCCGGUCUCUUAGACCAGAUAUUGGCUCUUAAAUGGGUUAGAGACAAUAUACACGCAUUUGGUGGGGAUAGGGAUCAGGUAACUAUAUUCGGUGAGAGCGCCGGCAGCUAUUCGGUAUCAGCCCACGUAUUGUCCCCCUUAUCGCGGGGUCUAUUCCGGAGGGCUAUUCUGGAAAGUGGGGCUCAAAUGCAUUAUAAGGGAAGGGAAGGCGUCAGUAAAAGUGAUGCUUUGAAUGUAUCGAAACAAUUGGCCCAACGUUUCAAUUGUAGUGGAAAUGAAUGGUUGGAGUGUUUGCGGAAAGUCGACGCAAAACAGAUCACUAAAUACACGCCCGUCGCACAGGUGCCACUGGAAGGGGAUCAGGUAUUACCACUUAUUGCACAAAAGGCCUUUGAUGAGCACAAGUAUAACACAGAUUUAGAUAUCAUAGGAGGGGUAGUGCAGAAUGAGGGCCCAACCCUCGCUACUAUGGUAUUACCAGACAUUGAAAAGAUAAAUAUGACUGAAAAGACAUUCAUGUCUGGAGUGAAUGCCUCGAAAUCUUUAUUUCAAGGAUUAAAUGAGACAAAAAUCAGUGAAUUUUAUCUCAAGAAUGUCAACACCAGUGAUCCUAAUGCUGUGAAACAUGCAUUUUAUGCCUUCUUUGGUGACCUGGUUGUCACAUGUCCCACAUAUCAUUUCGCUAAACAAUAUGCCACACAUUCGCCAUUAAAUGUGUAUUUCUAUGAACUCACGUAUGAGACCAAACAAAUGGCACAAUUGGGAUGUCGUACCGAUAUGGGUAUCUGUCACGGGGCGGACAUUGAGUUUGUGUUUGGCCUACCAUUUCUUGAUCCUAAGAGCUAUACACAAGUGGACAAAGAUUUCAGUGAACAAGUGAUGCAAAUGUGGACUAAUUUUGCUAAAAAUGGUAUUGAUGUGAACACUACUUCGGGUGUAGUGAGAGGACAGACACUACAAGCCUUUAACAAAAGCUUUGACCAGUUUAUAGGUAUACCAUAUGCCGAGCCCCCGGUUGGAAACCUGCGGUUCGCUGGACCAGAACCUAUUAAAACACCCAUAAAACUAAUCGACGCCACGAAAGCAAAGGACUCGUGUCCACAGCCUAGCAAUGAUACCAAAGUGAGCGAGGACUGUCUGUUUCUCAACAUAUGGACAAUUAGUUCACAAAACCGUACAUCAGAUGCACUAAAACCGGUGAUGUUUUGGAUACACGGGGGUGCCUUUGUGGCAGGGUCCAGUUUCACGUCUUAUUAUGAUGGCAUGGUUUUGGCCUCACAUGAUGUGGUGGUUGUGACCAUUAACUAUAGAUUAGGAUAUUUCGGGUUCACGUAUGGAGGGGUGGAGUCGGCGCCCGGAAAUGCUGGACUCUUAGACCAGAUAUUGGCUCUUAAAUGGGUUAGAGAUAAUAUACACGCAUUUGGUGGGGAUAGGGAUCAGGUAACUAUAUUCGGUGAGAGCGCCGGCAGCUAUUCGGUAUCAGCCCACAUAUUGUCCCCCUUAUCGCGGGGUCUAUUCCGGAGGGCUAUUCUGGAAAGUGGGGCUCAAAUGCAUUAUAAGGGAAGGGAAGGCGUCAGUAAAAGUGAUGCUUUGAAUGUAUCGAAACAAUUGGCC